AUGGACCCUUCUAGUUCCCAUGCUCAAUUGAGCACCGCUACCAAAGCAGCAGCUUCGCUCAAAACCAAGGGACCGAAGCCCCAAUCCGGCGAAUUUGAGUCAUGGUCCCCCAGUUCCUGGACCACAAAGCCUAUCAAACAAGAUGCAGUAUAUGAAGACAGCAAGAAGGUUGAAAAGUCGCUGGCAAAACUUGAACGUCUUCCUCCCAUAGUCACACCCGCUGAAAUCGUCGCCCUCAAAGAACACUUGCGUGACGUGGCUCUGGGCAAGGCGUUCCUGCUUCAAGGGGGUGACUGUGCCGAGUUGUUUGACUAUUGCGAGGAGAAUGCAAUUGAGUCCAAGAUCAAACUUCUACUUCAAAUGAGUCUUGUCCUCAUUUGGGGUGCUAACAAACCAAUUGUCCGGAUUGCGAGGAUGGCGGGCCAGUACGCCAAACCCAGAUCAAGCCCAACUGAAAUUGUUGAUGGCAAGGAGACCCCAUCAUUCAGAGGUGAUAUCUUAAAUGGAUUUCCACUAGAAGAAAGGCCUUUGGACCCCGCGCGGCUAGUUGACGCAUAUUUCCAUUCUGCAAGCACACUAAACUACAUACGAGCGUCGAUAUCUUCUGGCCUUGCGGACCUUCAUCGGCCCCUUGAUUGGGGCCUUGGCCAUGUUCGCGAUCCCGAUCUUCAGAGAAAGUACUCCAAAACGGUUGAAUCCAUCACGGACUCGCUGAACUUCAUGCGCACGGUCGGGGCAGACACUGCAAGCAAGGCCCUGGAGACCGUUGAGCUGUAUACUAGCCACGAAGGUCUCCUGCUUGAGUAUGAACAGAGUCUCACGAGGUUUCUAAGAGACCCUGCACGUGCUAGCUCUACAGCCACUCCGGAGCACAGGUCCUGGUACGACACUUCUGCUCACUUUCUUUGGGUAGGAGACCGAACAAGGCAAAUCGAUGGCGCUCAUAUUGAAUUUUUCCGCGGCAUCGAAAAUCCCAUAGGUGUUAAGAUUGGCCCAACCACUUCUUCCACUGAUCUCCUCGCAAUCCUUCGCACCCUCAAUCCAUCCGUUGAAAUCGGUAAGAUAACGCUCAUUACUCGCUAUGGAGCUUCAAAAGUCCGUACUCUGCUUCCUGAGCAUAUUCGGACUGUCGAGGAUAGUGAAUAUGCUCGUAGCGUCGUCUGGCAAUGCGAUCCCAUGCAUGGUAACACCCGGUCGACCUCAAACGGCGUCAAGACCCGCCAGUUUUCCGAUAUAUUAUCAGAGCUUCAGGAAACAAUGUCCGUCCAUAAAGAGCAAGGGAGCUAUCUUGGUGGUGUACACCUUGAAUUGACUGGUGAGGCAGUCACGGAAUGCACCGGUGGCAGUGAGGGCCUUGGGGAGGACGAUUUGUCGCUGAACUAUACCACAUAUUGUGAUCCUAGACUCAACGAGAAGCAAGCACUGGAGCUUGCCUUCCUCAUUGCCGGGCAUCUGAGAGCAUGA